AUGGCCAAAAAAGUCCUUCAAACACAUGACCAACUCUUGUCCAACAGAUGGGUGCCAGAUGCUUUUCAUGCCUGCAGACACCACGAGUUUAGCUUGCCAUUGAUACCCGUCUCUACCCGAUGGAGAAACCUUCGUAGAAUAUGCAUAGAACAAUUAUUCUCCAAAAAGAUACUAGAUACAAACCAAGCUAUCCGCAACAAGAAAGUGCAAGAACUCCUUGUUGAUACUCAACAAAGCAGCCUAACAAGUGAGGCAGUAGAUAUUGGCAGAGCAGCUUUCAAGGCUACGGCUAACAUGUUAUCAAACACAAUCUAUUCGAUGGAUAUGGUGGAGUCCAAAUCUGACCAAGCUAAAGAGUUGAAGGAGCUGGUGUGGAAUGUCAUGAAAGAUGCAGGGAAACCAAACUUGGCAGAUUAUUUUCCUGUGCUUAAGAAGAUUGACCCCCAAGGAUUAAGGCGAAGUGUAGCAGUGAACUUUGGAAGGAUGUUAGACAUCUUUGACCACAUCAUUACCCAAAGGCUGGAGUUGAGAAAAGUGUCUAGUUCUAACAUGAACAAUGAUAUGUUAGAUACCCUUCUCAACAUCAGUGAAGAAAAAAGUGAGGAGAUGGACAAAACUAAGAUAGAACGUCUAUUGCUGGUUAGUAUUUUUACUCUAUCUUUGUCUUGGAUUUCUUUUCUAUCAGAUUCAGAUAUUGGGUAA